GCGACCCGGCUGUCUAUGGAGGUGGCCUGGGCGGCGUCCACUGAGCUGACAGCGUCCCCCGACCCCUCCCCCCCACGUUCUCCCUCCCUGUCUCGUCCUUCGUCCCUCUCUCCGUUCUCCCCUCCCACCCCCUCCAGUCCGCGACGACUGGCUCUAGACCCCCGUUCAGGCCUCGGUGAAGACUUUUGGUUACUUUCCUUCCUACCCCAUCCUUUAAUUUUAUUCUUUUGAAGAGUCUGCAUUUCAAGCUGCCAAGGUGGAAAGUCUGACUGCAGAAGAUAAUACCUCUCGUUUCAGGUAUCCUAUCCUCUAGCUACUAUUAGAACUAUUUUGUUUGAGGAUGUAAUGAUGAGAAUAUAAAGCCAACGAUAGCCAGAUUAUGAAGUUUAAAUCAAAAGUAGCUGUAUUUACGUAGACAUAGUUUGUAUGCUUUAAGACAAAGUUUAACUUCAAACUUUAAAAAAAUAGUAUUCAUUAGAGGCUCUUAAGUUUGCAUCAUUCUUGUUAUGACUUUUUAUUACAUGAGAAGUAAUUAAAAUGAGAGUUUAUCUUUCCUUUAGGUCACGAUUAAGUUUUCACCUAUAGCAUAAUAGAAGCAAAGUAAUUAGUAAAAACAUACAUUAUUUUAAAUGAGUCUUAAUUUGGAUCGUGUAAACAUAUAUGUAAUUUUUAAGUCCAGGGAAUAGCCUGAUGUAUGAUCUUCAGAGUACCAAAACACUACAAGAAAUAUUAUUUGGGGUUGGUAAAUUAUAGUCAUGAUGACUUAUUGGAACACACCCAUGCCUGUUCUUUUAUCUGUUUAUGAGCUACUAUCAUGCCCCAGCUAGAGUUGAGUAGUUGAACAGAAACUAGAUAGCCCACAAAAUCAAAACUUGGCUACGUGACCCUUUCCAAAAUGUUUGCAACCCCUGCCUUGAAAUAAAUUCCUAAGAAUUAAAAAAUAGGCUCAUCAACUCUUAGAUAUUGCUUAGCUCAGUGGUUCCCAUAUUUUUUGUAGCAUAUUAUUAUUCUCUUAACUGUUUUGAUUGAAAGAUUGAUGCUGACAAGUUUUCCUUUGUAGGUUAUUUUGAUAGAAGCUUAUUUAAAUGUAAGUUUAAGAUGACUAAACUCUUUUCUAUAGCUUUCUGUUUAUGUGAUAAUCUACCUUUAAGAAAGGUGUGCCAUACCUGAGAGCACCAGGAAGCCGCAUGAGGGAUCACCUGAUAAGUGAACGUGUGAUGUUCCAUCUUCGCAUUGAUGCAUAGGCAGCAUUUACAAAUUAACUGAUUUAGUACUGUAUAUAUCAUCUCUCGUCUUCUUUGUAUCCUGUCUUACAAUUUCAACACUUCUAUGAUGUUUACAUUAAAUUAACCAUGUUUUGUACUACAAACUCAUUGCCCAUGGAUCUUUUGCUAAAACAAGGAAAUCUUAAGCAAGAAGUAGAAUCUUUUUGUUACCAAAUUGUCUCUGAAUCAAGCAAUCAAAAAUUCGGAAUAUUACAAGGUGAAGAUGAACAGUUGCAGCCUUCAGUUUCUAAAAAACAAGAAGGUGAGCUUUCCAGGGUCAAACUUAUGUCCAGUUCCAACAAAAUAACAGCAUUUAGUAAGAAACCAAAAAGGAGAAAAUAUGAUGAAAGUUAUUUGUCUUUUGGAUUUACUUACUUUGGAAAUAGAGAUGCACCUCAUGCACAGUGCGUGUUAUGUAAGAAAAUUUUAUCAAAUAGUUCCCUAGCCCCUAGUAAGCUUCGAAGACAUUUAGAAACUAAACAUGCGGCAUAUAAGGACAAAGACAUAAGCUUUUUCAAACAGCAUCUUGAUUCACCUGAAAAUAAUAAACUCCCAAUACCCAAAAUUGUCAAUACAGAUAAUGAAAGUGCUACAGAGGCAUCAUACAAUGUAAGUUACCAUAUAGCCCUGAGUGGAGAGGCUCAUACUAUUGGAGAGUUGCUUAUCAAACCUUGUGCAAAAGACGUGGUGAUGCGGAUGUUUGAUGAACAGUACAGUAAAAAAAUAGACGCUGUUCAACUCUCAAACAGUACUGUUGCACGUCGAAUUAAAGAUCUAGCCGCUGACAUUGAAGAAGAGCUUGUUUGUAGACUGAAAACUUGUGAUGGGUUUUCACUGCAACUAGAUGAAUCAGCUGAUGUUUCAGGACUUGCUGUGUUACUUGUGUUUAUUCGUUAUAGGUUUAAUAAAUCUAUUGAGGAAGACCUACUCUUAUGUGAAUCUUUGCAAAGUAAUGCUACUGGUGAAGAAAUAUUCAAUUGUAUCAACAGUUUUAUGCAGAAACAUGAAAUUGAAUGGGGAAAAUGUGUUGAUGUUUGUAGUGAUGCUUCUAGGGCAAUGGAUGGGAAAAUUGCUGAGGCUGUCUCCUUGAUAAAAUAUGUGGCUCCUGAGAGCACCAGUAGUCACUGCCUGUUAUAUCGACAUGCACUUGCAGUUAAAAUAAUGCCUACAUCUCUAAAAAAUGUGCUAGAUCAAGCAGUACAAAUCAUCAAUUAUAUUAAAGCUCGACCACAUCAAUCCCGACUACUGAAAAUUUUAUGUGAAGAAAUGGGUGCUCAGCACACAGCACUUCUUCUAAACACAGAGGUAAGGUGGCUUUCCCGAGGUAAAGUUCUUGUAAGACUUUUUGAGCUUCGGCGUGAACUCUUGGUUUUCAUGGAUUCUGCUUUUCGACUGUCUGAUUGCUUAACAAAUUCAUCUUGGCUGCUUAGACUUGCAUAUCUUGCUGACAUUUUUACUAAAUUAAAUGAGGUUAAUCUAUCAAUGCAAGGGAAAAAUGUUACAGUUUUCACAGUGUUUGAUAAAAUGUCCUCGUUGUUAAGAAAAUUGGAAUUCUGGGCCUCAUCUGUGGAAGAAGAAAACUUUGAUUGUUUUCCUACACUCUGUGACUUUUUAACUGAAAUUAAUUCUACAGUUGAUAAAGAUAUUUGCAGUGCCAUUAUGCAGCACCUUAAGGGUUUGCGCUGUACCCUUCUAAAAUAUUUUCCUGUAGCAAAUGAUAGUAACACUUGGGUUAGAAAUCCAUUUACAGUAACUGUUAAGCCAGCCUCAUUAGUAGCACGGGACUAUGAGAGCCUGAUUGAUUUAACAUCUGAUUCUCAAGUAAAACAAAAUUUCAGUGAACUUUCACUAAAUGACUUUUGGAGUGGCCUAAUUCAAGAAUAUCCAAACAUUGCAAGACGUGCAGUUCGUGUACUUCUUCCUUUUGCUACAAUGCACCUGUGUGAAACAGGGUUUUCAUAUUAUGCUGCAACAAAAACAAAAUACAGGAAAAGACUUGAUGCUGCCCCUCAUAUGCGAAUCAGGCUUAGCAACAUUACACCUAAUAUUAAACGUAUAUGUGAUAAAAAGACACAAAAACAUUGUUCUCAUUAAAAUUGAACGUUUUGCAUGUCGCUUGAUAACCAAAUGUAAGAUGAAAAUAAAAGAUGCUUUACUUCA